GCAAUUGAUAGAUAUGAAACUCAGUAGGAAAGGCAGUCCAGAGUUUCCUCGAGUAGCAUGAUUCAAGGUUUAAUUGCUAAGAUUCAAUCUUCUUAGAACAAAUGCUAUUCACAAGUACAAAUGACCAUAAUAUUUUACCCUAAUUUUUUAGUACUCUAUCAGCCCAAAUUGUUCACUUAAUUGUUCUUGUUAUGUUUAGCUAUUAGACCAAUCAAUUGGCAACAUGAACAAAAAUGAAGAAAGAGGUAAAACGACAAACCCGUUGUUGGUCAAAGCAAUUUUACUAGCAUGCCAUAGAGCCAUUGUUGCGUCUUGCCAUUUUUGGGUGAGCAAAUCAUUAAAAAUUUAAAAUAUGCUAUGUUGACAAAAAAAGAAUAAGUUACCAAAUAUUUUAUUAAUCAUAUGAAAUGGGGAGGUUUCUUCAACUAUUUGCCAAUAUAUGUUCUCUAUUAUUCAAUUGUAAACUUAGGACUAGUACUGCUAUGAUAAAGUACAGAAAAAGCAAUAACCUUGACGUUGGAUGACUCAAACAAAGGUAUACUUCAAAUUCAAAUCCUAAGUCAGACAAAGCUUGUGUCUAAACCAAAAGGAAACCUCUAGCUCCCAUUUUUCACUAAAGAUUUUUUCUUUUGCGCGGCCUUGACAUGGCCAGUGCAAGUUUCUAUGUUGGAGUUAUAGGCAACAUCAUCUCAGUCUUACUAUUUCUUUCUCCCUUAGGAACAUUUCGGCGAAUUGUUAAGCAUCGAUCAACAGAGGAAUUUGAGAGUUUUCCUUACAUUUGUACAUUACUGGCUUCGGCGUUAUGGACUUAUUAUGGAAUCACAAAGGCUGGAAGCCUGCUUGUGGCGACUGUUAAUGGUUUUGGUGUUGUUGUAGAGAUUGUUUAUGUUACCUUAUUCCUUGUAUUUGCACCUCCAAGAACAAGGGCAAAGACUGGUACAUUGGUUGCACUUUUGGAUGUGGGAUUUCUCGCAGGAGUGAUUUUGAUUACUCAUUUUUUGUUGCACGGAGAUACAAAGAUCGAUGUCAUAGGAUUCUUGUGUGCAGGCCUAAAUAUAGCCAUGUAUGCUUCACCUCUUGCAGCCAUGAAAACGGUGGUGACAACCAAAAGCGUAGAGUACAUGCCUUUCCUUCUCUCCUUCUUCAGUUUCUUGAAUGGAGGGAUUUGGACUUUCUAUGCUGUCCUCGUGAAAGACUUCUUCGUUGGACUCAGCUGGUGUUAUAUUUUAUAUACAGGAACCCCAACUCAUCCAAGAAAGUCUCCAACGAUUUAGAAGAUCAAUUACAAAACGAGUACCUCUUGCCCUCUACCAGUCAAGUGGCAUAAAAGAUUUCAAGAUAGAGGUCCAUUGUCAUAGAUAGUAAAUGGUGGCUAAGAAGAAGAAAUAUAGGUGGUAGCCACUAUGAAGAAGAGGAGCUUGAAAUUCAUUUAUUUGUUUAUAAUAUGUUUAUUAAAAAAAAUUAUAGGUAUCAACGAUUGACACAUGAAGUUUUGAGGACAUGUGUUUAUUAUAUAGCAGCCAAAUAUAGGGUUAUAACUGAACUAAACUGUUUCUAAACAUUUUGAGCUCUGCUUUAGACUUGUUAAUUUAUAUUCGUUUGUUUAACAAA